AUGGUGGAUAUCGAGAAAAAGUCCUCUUCCUCCUUCUCCGACCAUGCACAAAUUGCAGAAAACAACACACUCGCACCGAGCACCUUACGGGCAAGAAUUGCCUAUAAGCUGAAAGCCUACGGCGUUGAGGCUCAUGGAGUGUCCCCCGUCAAGGUAGAGCAGCAGACCUACACCAACUUCAUCAACUUGUUCUUCCUUUGGCUCAGUGCCAACACUUGUCUGAUCAGUGUGUCAACUGGCACGCUCGGACCUAUAUUUUUCGGCCUUGGUCUGCGCGACUCAGCUCUGGUUAUACUUUUCAUGAACGCGGCAUGCUGUGUCAUCCCAGCCUACUUUUCGACAUUUGGUCCCAUUACCGGUCUUCGCCAGAUGAUCUUUGCGCGAUAUAGUUUAGGAUACAUUGGUGCUGUAAUUAUUUCUUGUGUCAACAUUGUGGUAUUUAUGGGCUUCCUCAUCCUCAACUGUAUCCUUGGUGGUCAGUCCCUAGCCAGUGCAUCCAAUGGCAACCUGUCGUGGAACGUUGGCAUCGUGAUCAUUGCCCUGAUCUCGCUUCUACUGACUUUCUCCGGAUAUAAAGUGCUUAACAUAUACGAACGUUAUGCAUGGAUCCCAGUUACGAUCGUAUUCAUCAUUACGGUCGGGAUCGGCGGAAAGCACAUAAAAAACGUUCCUCCACCAGCUCCCGCGACAGCUUCGCAGGUCCUGACCUUCGCAUCGGCCAUUGCGGGCUUCAUCCUCUCCUGGGGAACCCUUGCGGCGGACUAUACUAUAUACAUGCCCCCCACUGUUCCCAAAGCGAAGAUUUUCACAUAUGCCUAUCUCGGCUUCUUCCUGCCACUCGUUCUCCUCGAAAUUCUUGGCGCUUCGCUCGCUGUUGCAUCGAACGCCAACCAGGAGUGGGCUUUGGGAUAUCAGAGGAAUAAUCUUGGCGGGUUAUUCGCUGCUGUACUCAAGCCUGCUGGUCGAUUUGGCAAAUUCUGUAUGGUCGUGCUUGCGAUGAGCGUGCCUGCUGCUUGCGCUCCUACGAUGUACUCUUUCGGUAUCUCAUUCCAGUGCGUGGCGCCAUGGUUCGCCAAACUGCCACGAUACGUAUUCUCCGUUAUUUCCACGGCGAUUCUCAUACCCCUCGCUAUCGUCGGUGCUAAGCAUUUCGAUUCUGCCCUGCUUCACUUCCUCGAAAUCAUCGCAUACUACUGCUCUCCCUUCUCCGCUGUCCUCCUCGUCGAACACAUUGCUUUCCGCUCCUCCUCUGGUGAACGUUAUGACCGUACUCUUUGGAAUGACUUUCACGCUCUUCCUCUCGGGUUGGCUGGUCUGGGGAGUAUUAUUCUAAGCUUCGGCUUAAUUAUUCCCAGCAUGGACCAAAUCUGGUAUGUUGGACCCAUUGCAAAGACAGGUGCAGGCGAUAUCGGCUUUGAACUCGGCUUCUUCGGAGCUGCGCUCUUCUACUCCAUUUUGCGGCCGAUUGAGCGAUUGCUGACACCACGAAAGGGCGAUUAA